AACCACAACUACUAUGGCGAUAAAUUCAAGGGAGAAGAGCCCUCUACUAGCUUAUACAGCGUCCCACGGGUACCACUACCCCGUCGUUCACCUGUAUAUCCCGCCGAUUACGAUCCAAUUCCCCCCCCUGAGUUCGUGGCUAUUGAGCAAGCUUCACGUCGUCGAGCUGAACUCCUCCAGCAAAACCAGCUUCUUCCCCGUCCACGAGCUAAUUCGCCUUAUUUUUAACGUCGACGACCUUCUCCUCCUACUCUUCCACGUUCCCGGUAUCAAGAUCGCGAUCGUCAAGCUGAGUACUCCUCUAGCGUCUUUGAUUUGCGUGCUUUGCGAGAGUCUAGCCCAAUUCGUGGAGAUACUCGAAAUCGACGAGCUGAUAUUAGUAAUUUGAUAGCUAUGGCGUCAGAGGAGCAGAUUGACCCGAAAUAGCUAAAGGCGAUAGAGAAAUCGGAGGCUAAAGAGCAUGGUAUUCCAUGGGGAUUUCUCCUUGUCGUAAAGGAUCAGGUUUCCCCUUGGCGUACUAUAUGGAAUU